AUGGUGGGGGUCCUGACCAUGGCGGCGGCUGCAGCACCACCUCCGGUGAAAGACUAUGAGAUUGAGCCAUGCAAAAAGCGAAGAAAAGAUGAUGACAGCUCUUCCUGCGAAACAAUUACCAAAUAUUUAUCACCAAUAGGGAAGACUGGAGACAAGGUUUUCUCCCCACCAAAACCCAGUAAUAUUCUACAUUAUUUUAGAAAGACCUCACCUACAACCGAGAAGCUACAAUCGACAAAGGAGAGCAAGAGAAAGCCAUCUCCCCCAUUGCUUGGUGACAACAAAGACUGUAAGACAUCGUUGAAAGUGUUCUCGAAUAGAGAAUCUAAGAGGAAAAGAAAGAGAGUUAAUUUAUCCCCUCAACUGAAUGAUAAUAAAAUUGAGAAUGAGUCUCCAGUUGGAAUUAGUAAUAAUAGUAAGGAAGACUGUGAUUUAAGUGAUUUUGUGGAAAACAGCACUUCUGUUUUUUUUAACAAGAAACAUGUGGAGGUUCUUGCAGAAAGUAUUCAAGACAGCAGAAACCAGUCAAAUACUUUGACCUCCAAAAAGAACUCCAAAAGGAAAGUAAAUCCUAAACAAGGCACCACAAAAAAUGAUGGCAAGAGAUUGAGGAAAAGGAAGCAUAGCAAGGUAAGGAAUCAGUCUGAAAGUGUGCCCUUAGCAGGUGAAGUUAGUCUGUCUACGGAAGGAGGCAAAGACAGCAAGACUAAACCAUCCCUAACUGAUGAAAAUGAGAGCACUGCGCAUCAUGUAGACUCCAGGGCUCAUGGAACCAAAAUAGCUGAUUUAAAUGAGAGUACGAUUACUGUCUCCUAUGAGGAAUUCUUAAAAAGUCACAAGGCAGCUAAAGUGGAAGAGAUACCUGACCAUGCAGUGCCAGCCUGUGUUCCUUCUGGGCCUGGUGAAGCAGUCAAAAGUGGUUCUGAAGGUGAAUCAGAAAGCCGUGAACCAUCUCCACAGCUACACCUUAAGACAGUUACUGUUCUUGCACAAGUUCAUCCCACUCCCCCUAAGAAGAAAGGGAAAAUACCCCCAAUUUUCUUGAAACAGAAACAGCUUGAGCUGGAAAAUAGUCUCUCUGAUCCAGAAAAUGAGCAGACAGUUCAGAAAAGGAAAUCUAAUGUUGUGAUCCAGGAGGGCCAAUUAGAACUGGCUGUGCUGGAAGCCUGGAGCUCUGAGGCUUCAGUACCAAAGUGCAGUAUGGAAGAAAGACAGCAAUUCAUGAGAGCAUUCAGGCAGCCACCAUCAGAAACGCCCAAAAAUGGACUCAAGAAACCUCUGGAGAAGCAGAAAGACCUAAGUGAAAAAUCUGUCCAUGAAGGAGAUAGCAGUUCUGAAAAAAUCAUAGAAAAUUUUAAUAUUCAAAGAGUUUCAAAUCAAGGCUGUUUACAGGCACAUGCUGAUAGAGGAAAUUUUCCUAAGGAGAAAAGUAAAAAGCCAAAUAAAAAGGGUAAGAAAACUAGGACUACUGCAGGUGGAAACAGAGAAGAAAACAUACAAAAGGAAAAGGAAAAAACAGCCUUUUCCUUAAAAGAUGAACAAGAUCAAAAAAGCCUACGAAGGAGUGUAAGACAGAAAUCAGAAGUUUUCAAAAGCAAUGCAUUACUUAACAGUGAAAAUCUUGUUUGUGAGGAUAUGGCACAUGAUUCUGUAAAAAUGUUUCUGUGUGAUAGAAAUAAAUCAAGAAGAGGCAGCACACCAACCAGGGAUGUGGUUACACAUUGCAAAGCUGAGCCUGGAAGCAGUCUGGUGGAUGUCUCUACACCCAAACCAACCAGGAGAUCUCUGAGAGGUAGCAGCACACCUGCCACAAUCACUCUGGGAGGUACUGAGUCUGAGGAUGCCCAGGAUACUAGUCCAGUGAAGGCUUCCACUCCAAAAGCAGCCAGAAGAAUAUCAGAAAAGCACAGCCUGUAUACAGCAGAAUUAAUAAUAAUAUCCUCUGAUUCUGAGAGCCCCAUUAGAAUGAAAUUCACUAGAAUUAGUACUCCCCAAAAAUCCAAGAAAAGUUCUAAGAAAUCUGAAACAACUGAGGAAGAGCUCACUUCUCAGAAGAAAAAGGCAAACAGUACUUCAAAAAAUAUAUCAAAAGCAAACCAACUGAUUGAGAAAGCAAAAGCAUUCCAAGUCAGUGCAUCAAAGGCUGAAGAGACAGUGGUGCCCUUGAGGCGGUCCUCUAGGCACCAGACACGUCCAGAAAAGGAGAAGUCACCAGAAACAGAUGACUCUGUAAUACUAAUAGAUUCAAGUCCAAUUUCUGUAAGACAACCAGAGAAAAAUCAGAAGAAACUUCAGAGUUUGAAUGAUGUACUAGGAAAAAAACUUAACAAGUCUUCUAAAAAUGUCUCUGGAAAAAUGAAAAUUGCUCCUUUAUUUCUUGCCAAAAAGACUAAAAGAACAGCCAUUCCUGUCUUUGAUGUGGAUGAAAGCAGUCAAGAUUCAUCUGAACAAACUCAGAAUUGUGAUGUACAAUUUAAAGCAAAGCGUGAUUUUCUAAUGAGUGGUUUGCCAGAUUUACUGAAACGACAGAUUGCGAAGAAAGCUGCUGCAUUAGAUGUAUACAAUGCAGUGAGUACCAGUUUCCAGAGGGUCGUUCAUGUGCAACAGAAGGAUGAUGAAUAUUGGCUAUGGCAUUUGAAGCCACCUUCUUGUCCUCUGUUAACUGAAUUUAAGGAAUUAAAUACUAAAGUAACAGAUCUCUCAGAAUGUGUUGUUGCUUUUGGUGAAUUUUCAACUUUGAAUCCAAAUCCAAGAAGUAAUCCUGCUGUUGUGAUGAUGACAACAAGGAAUGAUUUUACUAAAGAAGUAAGAAAUCUUUUGCUGGAGGAAAUAAAGAGGUCAAAUCCAGAAUUUUCUUUGGGAAAAUAUUUUCCCUUGCUUCUAAAAAAACGAGUUGAACACCAGGUACUUUUUGAGGGUCAUGGUAAACAAGCAAGUCCACAACUACAGCCUGAUGUCAGUCAAGAAGAAACCAACAGGAAACAAGUGGAAAUAGGAAAUCAGAAGUCAAAAAGAAAGAGACCAAAUGAAUAUUCAGUGAGCCCAGAAAAGAUAAAGAGAAAGUCAAAAGACCUUGACAAAAGAAUCAGCUCGUCUUGUAUGAAUCUAGAUCCUUCCAAAGAUUCUGGAACUGAAGAUAUGCUUUGGACAGAAAAGUACCAGCCUCAGAAUUCAAAUGAACUCAUAGGCAAUGAGUUAGCUGUCAAAAAGCUACAUAGUUGGUUGAAGGACUGGAAAAGAAGAGCUGAACUGGAAGAGAGACAGAAUUUGAAAGGAAGGAGAGAUGAAAAAGAAGGUAUUUUGAAUUUGUCGGAUAGCAUGGACUUUAAAGGCAGCUCCGAUGAUGAAGAGUACCGCCUUUGCAACACUGUUCUUAUAACAGGACCAACGGGAGUGGGGAAAACAGCUGCUGUCUAUGCUUGUGCGCAGGAGCUCGGAUUUAAGAUAUUUGAAGUGAAUGCCUCUUCUCAGCGAAGUGGUAGGCAAAUCCUGUCUCAGCUGAAGGAAGCUACCCAGUCUCAUCAAGUAGAUAAGCAAGGUGUAAACUCACAAAAACCCUGUUUCUUUAAUAACUACAACAUUGGCAAGUCACCAAAAAAGUUAAACUCCCCUGGGAAAGUUGUUACAUCACCAAGGAAGCUUCCUCCAUCAUCACCAAAGACAAGUGGGCAGAAGCGAGCACUUCUCCCUAAAACUUUGGCAAAUUACUUUAAAGUGUCCUCCAAAUCCAAAAAUAAUGAAGACAUAGGAGCACGCGUGGGAAAUGAUAAAGGAGUCAAAAAUUCUUCUUUGGAACAGAGGCAAAUUAUUCAGAGUAAAUCAACAAGUGCAAAUAAUUCAAUUAUUAAAGAUGUUGGAGCUGAAGAAUCCAACAGAAAGAAGGCCACAUCACUCAUUCUCUUUGAGGAGGUCGAUGUCAUUCUUGAAGAAGAUGCUGGGUUUUUGAAUGCAGUCAAAACAUUCAUGGCAACAACUAAACGACCAGUAAUUCUCACUACAAGUGAUCCUACAUUUGGUCUAGUGUUUGAUGGCUGCUUUGAAGAAAUCAAUUUCAAUAUUCCUUCCCUGCUAAAUGUUGCCAGCUAUCUACAAGUGAUCUGUCUAGUUGAGAAUUUCAGAACUGACUUUAAAGACUUUGUAACCUUGUUGACUGCAAAUGCUUGUGACAUCAGAAAGAGUAUCCUUUACUUACAGUUUUGGAUUAGAAGUGGAGGUGGAAUUUUAGAAGAAAGGCCAUUAUCAUAUUGUCGAGAAAAUAGCAGAAGUACACUGUUUUUUUCUGAAGAUGGCUGUGAUGUGAACAUUAACUCUAAAAACACCAAAAGGAACCGUGUGGCCCUCCCCAGAUGUGACACCGGCUGUUCAGAGGCUUUCUUUGGACUCAAGAACAUUGCCUCCCCAUCCCAAGACUUACUUUCCUUGUUAAAGCACAAGGUCACAACAAAGGAAGAGUGGCAGAAACUCAUUCAUCUUCUCACCGAAUUCCACAUGCAAAAUAUAGAUCUGUUACACAGUAAUCUUGAGUUCAUCCUGCCACUGCCAGUUAACAUGAUGCCAGAUGUAAGAGGUGCUUAUGGCUUCCCAGGGACUACACUGGCCAGUGCACCAGCAAGCAUGAAGCAUCUUGCCAGGAAGCUGUCAGAAGACCAGACAUUGAGAAAAUCACAGAAAAGGAAACGGAAAAAGAUGGUGACCCUAGAUGACAGUGACCUGUUUGACACUGGCCUCGACUUUUCUGGUGAACUACCUAGCUUAUCUCCUGCACCUUCCUCAUCUGUAGAAGACAACUUAAGCAGAGACAGAGGUGGCAACCCAGAGAUAAAGACACAGAACAAAGGUUUCAAGCCUCACUCUGUACCUCAGCCUCCUAAGACACUAGCAGAGAAGAAGUGUUGCAUGCUCGUUUCCCACUGUUUAAAUUCUCUCAGUGAGUUCAUGGAGAACACGUCCUUCAUAGAUGCCCUUUUAGCAGAUCCAGGGGAACAGAAUGAAUUUGGUAAAAGUGCCUUUCACUGGACAAAUGGAAAGGUUAAAAGUGGACUUUUUGAUGAGUUUAGUCUUGAGACUAGAGAUGGGUGGGCUCCUCGGAGCUCUGAAGAAUUAAAAGCCACUGCAGAAGCACUCAGCUUCACUAAAUGUUCUUCUACCAUUUCAAAAGCACUAGAGUCCUUGAAUUCAUGCAAGCAAUUAGGAAGAGACCCAACCAAUGAACUCACUUUCUGUGUUUCACAAAGGUACCAUGAUGUAUGCUUCCGCCAAUCAGCAGCUAAUCUACACAAUGCUAACAAGAGGAUGGCAGUCAUUCAGAGUGUGUUUUCUAGCCGCUCUUUCCUGACCCUGGGUAAUAAGCAAGCUAGUAUAACUGACUACCUGCCAACUCUUCGGAACAUUUGUCGGACAGAAAAGCUAAAAGAACAAGAGAAAAAUAAAAGAAGGUUUCUCCACUAUUUUGAAGGGAUUCAUCUAGAUAUUCCUGAAGAAACUGUAACUACUUUGGCAGCUGACUUCCCUUGAUGCUCCCCAUCAUCAGCCUUGUACAGACUGUGUGGUCCUGAUGACACACUUGAGAGUUUGUGACUUUAAAGAAGAGCUUAUUUCUCUUCAUGUAAAUUUU